GCCAGUAAACAUAAGGUCUAAAAGCUAUUAUACGCGAAUCAAUAUCCCCACAUAUACCCUCGUAGGAAGGUGACGGCCCAACAACCUAAUGAUGCGAGAUAACGACUAUGUUGAUAUAAAACGAUACUCGUCCAUCUCAAAAAGCCAGUAGCCCUUAUUGUGAGAAUAUCGCGACGCCUUAAAGAACUUACAAUGGUGAAUCAUAGUCGUCUAGUUCGAGCUACUCUUAAAGGGGCAGUCUGGCACGCAGUCGCGGCGUGCACUCUAACACUCGCUUCAGCAGAGAAUGCUGCUUCUCGGCCCAGGGCAGAUAUUUCGGCGUGCAAAAUAGCCGCUAAUAGCAACAUUUACCUCAGUGCAGGAUUCGGAUAUGAGCUAAACUGUGCGCCCAGCACGGGUACCUUGAGCGCAUUUAUGAUCUUCGUUGAAUUCUCUGAUCAAGCUGCUACUGAGACCCCACAGAGCUUAUACGACUUCUUUCUGCCGGACGCAGCAGAAUGGUACGCUACGUCCUCGUACGGAGCGCUUACGCUGAACGUCACUGCCGAUACCUCACGUUUCUAUCGGAUGCCGGCUGCGGCUGCGUCUUACGGAUGGGAGCGCGGUCUCAGCUACGAAACACACCAGAAGUAUAUACAAGACGCGUUAGAUGCGUAUGGGAAAACUAUCCCGCCCACCGAUGUGUUAUAUGUGGUACCAACUGCUAAUGCUGCCGCUAUUUCUUUCUCGCCUACCUUUAUGGGCGACGUGACGACACGCGCCGGAACCUUUGUUGCCAAAAAGUCGGUAACAUUCGGCUUGGACGCCUAUACGACUUGGAAGUAUCUCGUAUUGAACCACGAGACCGGUCACACGAUGUGUUUGCCAGAUUACUACCCCUUUAAUGGUAGCGCAACGGGCUUAUUCAUAGGAGGAUGGGACCUAAUGGGGCUCAUUAGUGGACCAAGUCCUGAUUACUUUGCUUGGGAUAAGUGGCGGCUGGGAUGGCUUUCUGAUGAGCAAGUCGCCUGUGUUACCGAAAGAGGCUCGACGACGCAUACGUUAACUCCGCUAGAGAUACCAGGCGGUUCCAAAGCAGUUGUAGUUAAGCACAACGGCACGGACGUACUGGUAGCAGAAUUACGCUCAGCUAGCGGUCUUGAUUCGGCGUCUUGUUCGACUGGCGUACUGCUUUACACGGUAUCGACAAGGAUAGCGACAGGAGAAGGUCCUAUCCGAGUAUUAGACACAACGCCCAGAUCGAGUGGCUGCGCAGGCGAUAGGUUAAACGACGCGCCGCUAUCUUUGCAAGGGACGAGUUCGUAUACCGUUCCAGGUUGGGGUAUCAAAAUCACGGUGCUAAACGAGUCCAGCGAUGAGGUUGAUGUUAGGGUGGAAGUUGCGUGAUACGAGUAUCCUCUAUAAGAUAGGGGUACUUGGCCUAGAUCAGGGCUGAUUGUCAACCUAUAUAUCUUAGGUAACAUACGUGCCUCUUGUAUACAUGAAUCGAUCUGAAUCGCAUAUUUAAGGUUAUUUGAGCUUUCCCAAUGAGGAACAGAAUUGGGUCAUAAUUGGUUGCAUCGUUGCGGCACAGUUACCAGCGCCUCCGCAUAGCUUUCGGAUAAUAAGGCUACAUAGUACAAUUGAACCACAAC